AUGUAUAAAAUAAUAAAUGAAAAUUUAAAAUUUUUGAUGACUAUUUUUGUUAUAACUUUUAUUUGUUUAAAUUUAAAAUUAUCAAAAUGUAAAGAAGAAUAUAUUGAUUUAAAGAAUAAUUAUAUUGAAGGAAUAAUUAAAGCAAAUAGUGAUAUUUUAUUAAAUUGUACUGUUUAUUUAGACUCAGAAAAUUAUACAAAACCAAAAAAUAAUGGGAAAUUUGUAUUUACUAAUGUAAAUGAAGGAGUAUAUAAUUUGUUUGUUAGUCAUCCUUAUUUAGAAUUUAAUAGAUUUCAUGUUGAAGUAAAACAAAAAAUGACAAAAAAUAAUUACAAAAUGUAUAUAGUACAAGCAUAUGAAUUGUUAUUACCAUUUGAAAAAAAUAAUUUAAUGUCAUCUAACAUUAUAUUUGAAGUAAAAAAUUUUUAUGAGUUCCUUAUACCAAAAAAAAAUUUUUCUAUAUUUAAAUUAUUAAAAAGUCCCCUUUUCUUAACUUUCCUUUUUUUUUUAAUUUUACUUUGUUUACUACCCCAGAUGCAAAAAAUAUCAGAAUCAGCAAAUGAAGAAAAUUACAGUCAAGUUACAUACAAAUCAGACUUUUUAGAAUCUGUUAAAUAA